AUCUAAGAGAGGUAUCGGCUCAGGAUUUGGUAGGAAUGGGUAACUUAGAAGGUGCUCUUCUUUCUCACUAUUUACCAGCCCUUUUAUUGUUGUUUUCCUGUAUAUUCGGACUGUCAGUCGGUACGGAGCUGAGUUUUGUGACAUGUGGAUCCGUCCUUAAACUGUUAAAUAUAAAGCACAAUGUGAGACUACACUCGCACGACGUACGCUACGGGUCCGGUAGCGGGCAGCAGUCUGUAACAGGAGUGACUGCAGUAGAAGACAGUAACAGCUACUGGAGCGUCCGUGGGACAAGCGACGCCUUGUGCCAUCGGGGCACCCCGGUUAAGUGCGGCCAGACGAUCCGUCUAACACAUGUCAACACAGGCCGUAACCUGCACAGCCACUACUUUGCCUCCCCGCUGUCCUCUAACCAGGAGGUGAGUGCAUUUGGCGAUGAAGGGGAAGGAGACCACCUGGACGAGUGGACGGUUCAGUGUGGGGGAUCUGUGUGGAAGCGAGAGGAGGCUGUCCGCUUCCGUCACAGGGCCACUGAUGCGCUGCUGUCAGUGACAGGGGAGCAGUACGGACGGCCGAUUCACGGUCAGAGCGAGGUUCACGCCAUGUCGAGCCCCAGCCAGCACAGCCUGUGGAAGGUCAUGGAGGGCAUCUUUAUGAAACCCAGCGAGAACCCGGCGGGCAGCCGGGACUACAGUCACCAGCACACCGAGUUCUGAACUUUUCUUCUCCACUUCUGUCACCUCUCAUUUUCCUCUCUGUCUACCAUCAGUGUCCUACCUCUGUCCCUAAUUACGCCUGUACCAGCAACCUCCGGUCUCCCUUUUCUUUCUCGUCACCUUUUGACUGUCAUCUUCUGAGAAGACUGUGCCAAAGUCUGUCAUGGAUCAGGGUGCUUCACCUUAUCAAUCCAACCUCUCACAUUUAUCGUGUUUUAGGAAACACUACUUGAAUCCUCAAAGAUCCAGCAGCUACACACAGAGAGCUAACAACAUUUAAAAUAGCGUUAUUGUUUGCCUUAAUGGGUACAAGUAGACAUAAAGGUAUUAAAGAUGCUGUAUUAAUGUGCCACAACUAAUCUAAUCGCAGUCUGUGAUGCUUUACAUCCUCUCCGCUGUUAUUGUUAAAUAAUAAACAUCAGCAGUAACAUCACAACACAGAAGCAGCACAGGUUUUCAGAUCAGAUUUAAGUUAAUGAGUGAGUCUCGUAUUUUGUUGGACUUAAAAAAAAUUGUUACACUUGUGCCUUUAUCCUUUUUUUAAAUGUAGUAGGUGUUUACAUUGUGGAGCCUUUUAAACUUUUGAAAACGUCAGAAUUUCAUUGUGUUGUUCUGGUAUUUGUAAGCCAUAUACGUCUCAACGGAUAAGCAGUGUUACCAGGGUAUUUUUCCCCCUUUAAGUCAGAUUCAGUAUAAAUGAUCUAGCACCAACUGACACCAGAGAACAAGCAGUUUUGUGUGUGGUUUUAUUUUUUUGUACAUUAUUAAAGUGGAUGCUGUUAAUUGUUUGAUCAGCGUCCGAGUGCUGCAAGAAAAUACAGUGUUUUAGGUUCAUGCUUUUGUGUUAGAUCAACUCUUCAUUUCAGAGGUUCAUCGAACAUGCAAUGAAUACCUCAUAUUAAAGUGAUUUAUAUGCAUAACA